AAUUUAUUUGCGAAAGCCUGUGGCUCUAAACAAAAAUUUUACCUAAGUUUUCUGCACCUGCUGAAUUUUUCAUUCCAAAAUACGUGUAAUGUGUAUAGUGAUGUGGUAUAUGAAACCCACAUUUUGCAUAAAUAUGAUGGCGAUCUGUAUGGGCACUUGCUUAAGGUUUGCAUUGUUGGUUACCUUCGCCCGGAACGUAAUUUUGAAUCCCUCGAUGAUCUUAUUAGCGCUAUACAAAGAGAUAUUGAAGACGCCAAAAAACUUUUAGAUAAUGACGAGGAAAAAUGUAAAUUGCAGCAUUCAAAAUUCUUUCAAGCGAACUACAUUGAAAAUGAAAAAUCUGCUUCAACCCAUUUUAAAGGUGAAAAUAUAAAAAAUGGAUCAUAGAAAUCAGUAUGCUGUAAUUAUGAAA